AACGGAAGGGGUGGUACACAUGUAAAGUGAAAUCUCGAAGCUAUCUGCCCGAGUUAUUAAUUUUUUCAGUAAACAAUUAUGGCGGCCGCGGAUCCCUGGUCCUCGAGUCAUGGCAGGCCCGCAAGCAGAGGAGAGUUCCCGGCUGGUGAGAGCAGCAACGAGCGCGAUGGCCCGGGAGGAAGCGGCGGAGAGGGAGAAUCCGAGCCAGAUCGGUCAACAUUCGAAUGCAACAUUUGUUUGGACACAGCAAGGGACGCUGUCAUCAGCUUGUGCGGGCACUUGUUCUGCUGGCCCUGCCUUCAUCAAUGGUUGGAGACACGGCCCAGCCAACAGCAGUGUCCUGUGUGUAAAGCAGGCAUUGGCAGAGAGAAAGUCAUCCCCCUCUACGGCAGAGGGAGCUCCAGCCAAGAGGACCCCAGGUUGAAAACCCCGCCUCGGCCUCAGGGACAGAGAACGGAGCCAGAGAGCAGAGGGCCCUUCCAGGGGUUUGGGGACACUGGCUUCCACAUGUCCUUUGGGAUCGGUGCAUUCCCAUUCGGCUUCUUCACCACAGUCUUCAACACCAAUGACCCCUUCCACAGAGCAGACGCACAUGCAGCCGAUCACCAAGGCAACCCUGACAACGGCAACAACUGGCAGGACUCUCUCUUCCUGUUCGUGGCCAUCUUCUUGUUCUUCUGGCUGCUGACUGUGUGAGGGAGAAGAUGGAUAGAAGGUGGAAAAGGAGAGGUGUAGGGAUGGGGGAGUGUAUGUGUAUGUAUAUAUAUAUAUAUAUAUAU